CUCAUUUCAACCACCCUCCUCAUCCACUUCCUUCAUCGCAUCGUCGCCACCACACCGCACGUUCACACCAUCAUAUUUCAUCUCCUUCAUCGAUAAUUACUCUUCUAUCCGUGUCUCGAUCUUGGUCCUCCUUGCACUCACUCCCCUCGUCCGCUCCCGGCAUCGCCAGCUAUAGCAUGACCGUGGCUGUCACGUGCGCGCCGCCUCGACCUCCCACCUAACACGACACUCAUCCGCGCGCGCGCGCGCUUGGUCGCCUUCCUCUGCUCGCCGUCGUCCACCAUGUCCAAUCCUCGCUUCGACCCCCAUCCAGAUAAGUGGAUAACUGCACCCAAGGUGCCAAAGCCCCCGACUCAGCGGCCACUGGUUAGCAGCUCGUUUCGCGCACACUCUGGUAUCGCGACGCCUCCAACUACCACGCGCAAGGGUGCGAGCAACAUCACCGCUUCGGCGUCCACAUCCACCACCCGCAAACGCCGCGCUCCAGACGCGACCCCCACUGCAUCAGUUGCCACACGCAGCAUCCAGUCGUACUUGACACCACCGACUUCCACUUCCCAACCCGCCAAGAGGACGCGCGCGACGUCAAAGCUCAAGAGUGCGCCUCACCUUCACCAAAGUCCGACGCGUCGAUCGCCCAGACUUCACCAAACUCGAGAGCGUGUUCAAGAACGCGCAGAUCGUGAUCGCUCUGCGUCCGUAGAUGCGUGGCGCGCGUCUGUGCCUCCUGUUAGGUCGCCGGCCAAGACGUCCCAUGAUCCAAAGUCACGCAGCCCUUCGCCUGGAUUCCAGAUAGUCGAGGCACCCGCUACACCCAGUCCUAGACUCCCGACCUCUGAGGCCGUGAUUACCCCCGUUCCCUCAUCCGUCAUGGCCGUUCAUAAGAGAUUGUGCGGACAAGACAGCGCCCGCCGCCGUCAGGCCAUCUCGCCUUGGAGAGAGGUGACGGAGGAAGACAAGAAGGCAGCCCGUGCGCAGCGCGACGUUGCGCGCCGAGAGGCUGCGGGACAACUCGAGGACCAGCGCGAGCGCAAGCGCUUACGCAUUGACGUUAAGGAGGUUGUUGACGAGAACGCGCUCAGGCGGGUCGCCGACAUCAAGGAGAGAAGAGCGCUGGGCGAAUUCAAGUCAUUAGCCCAUCUCUCGUCAGAUCGAUCAUCAUCACCUCGAUCAUCGUCCCCAAGCGAGCGCGUACCUCUUGCAUCCAAGAAUACCAACGCUCUUCGCCGACACUCCUCGGCCGUCGUCGAGCCAGUGUGCACUAGAGACUCAAAGUGGCCUCAACGACAACCCGCUCCGCGCACGCCAGUCAUACCAUCCUCCGUCCCCCCUCGCUCUCAAAUCAUCCCUUCCGCAUUCCCUGCUCGCUUGCGUCACACGCCGGUUGCGUCACCUCAACCUUCCCCACCCACCAACACCAAGUCCGCAACUCAAUCGGUCACUCCUCGAGCACGUCGUACCGCGCACCAUCAUGUCACUCCGCCCAAAUCCCGCACCCCGCAGCGGCGUGAGCAACAGGAGACCUUGUUCGAGCUUCCUGCCGCCCCACCUCGGCAGCCCAUGUUCAAGCCGGUCUCACCUAAGCCAAUCAGUGGCUGGCGUCCCAUGGAGAUGCAAGCGGAGACUCUCAUGACCUGGAGCAUGGGCGGAGGGGCAGCCACGCUCGCCCCAGUAGCGCCGCCAUCUUCCCCCACACCCGAUUUGAACGAAGUUGACCGCUUGCCGAAUGACGACGAAGUCAUACACGAGACCAUCCCAUCGCAAUCCUUCCCCCACCUCCUCGACACCUCGUCCUCGCCGGCAAGACCUCCCAGGGAAUCGCCUCUGCUCUCGUCACCUCCGGAGCCAAUCUAUCACUCUGAGCAUAGGGAGGAAUCGCCGCAGGUUCAGUCCUCACCGUCGCCUCGGCGCCCGCGCCCUUGGGGGCAUCCACCUUCAUCCCCACCCCGGCUCUCCUUCGCACCACCCUCGCCAAAGGCCAAAUCGCUUUCAAAGUCGCCCGCGAAGCUGAUGCGGUAUUCCAAGCAGGACGCAGAAACGCGCCGCCGAGCCAUGGAUCACGCCCUCUUCUCAUCUCUUUCUGAAGCCUCACAGGUUCGGCCAAAGCCUCAAGUCCCAACCUUUCCCCUCCCACGCCUCGCGCAGCAUCAUCAGAAGGCCUCUUCCCCUGUGAAGUCAAAACACAGGACCCCUCCGCCGCGCAAGUCACAGCCUAAAAGCAAAAGAGGGUCUGCGUCGUCAUCCAAGCCCCAAGCCACUCUUCAAGCGUAUGGCUAUUCUCGUUCAAGUGCGCGUCCCACUCGCGAGUUUGACACGUCCUUCUCUGACGAGGAAAACCUCGAGUUCGAAGACGAGGAUGUGCAUAAGCGUGCGCCCAGCCCCUCUGGAGGUCCGUCGGUCCUGCGCUCCGUUCCACUUGCGCCUCCUCACCCGUCCCUGCGGCCCAUGGGCAUCCGCGAGCAAGCUAAGAGGGACGCGGCCGCGAUGAGGCGACAUCUAGGUCAGCAAGCGUCGCUGCCCAGUAGUGACAAGUCUUCGUCUCUGCCCCCGCCUCCAUCCGCCAUCACUGAGGACAGCAGCAGCCAGUCUGAGGGAUUUCUCGAGGCCCAGAUUAGCGAGUCCACACGGACAUGGUGGCGACGGCUUGGACACGACCUCAGUUCCGAUUCGUAGAUUGUAUGCAUGUUGUAUGUUGGACGAGGCUCACAGUAU